CUAGCUAGGCUAAUCACGUUUAGGUUCUCUGUUCUCCGCCAUUUUGUAAGGGUAUAAGAAAAGUCGGCCAAGCAAAACAGACUUGAUGGUCUAAUCAAACUGUGUAACUAUCUAGUUCUGUGUUGUGCAAUGGACGGCUGUUCAGAGACUGAUUUGUAUCCCAUGGGAUCCACUUACGUCACUGAACUAGACAGUGUCCAUGAUACUACAGUUGGUACAAAGAGAGGAUCAGACGAGCUUUUCUACUGCGCCUCAAACGGACCCAAUAUAAUGACCUGCGCAGCAGCCAAUGGCAAUGACAGCAAGAAGUUCAAAGGUGACACAAGGAGCCCGGGCAUCCCGUCGCGUGUUAUCCACAUGCGCAAGCUCCCCGACGACAUCAACGAGGCUGAGGUCAUCUCCCUGGGCCUGUCCUUUGGUAAAGUCACCAACCUGCUCAUGCUCAAAGGAAAGAACCAGGCUUUCAUAGAGAUGAACACGGAGGACGCGGCCCAGGCCAUGGUGAGCUAUUACGCCUCUGUGACCCCCGUCAUCCGCAACCACCCCAUCUUCCUGCAGUACUCCAACCACCAGGAGCUCAAGACUGAUAACUCCCCCAACCAAGUGAGAGCCCAGGCGGCACUGCAGGCGGUGAACGUAGUGCAGGCGGGGGGAAUGCCCAUGGCAGGGGUGGAUGCCUCAGCCGGCAUGAGCGGGGCCAGCCCCGUGCUGCGUGUCAUAGUGGAGAACCUCUUCUACCCCGUCACCCUGGACGUGCUGCAUCAGAUCUUCUCCAAGUUCGGAGCGGUGCUGAAGAUCAUCACUUUUACCAAAAACAACCAGUUUCAGGCCCUGCUGCAGUACUCUGACGGCCUGACCGCUCAGCACACGAAACUUUCUUUAGACGGGCAGAACAUCUACAACGCCUGCUGCACCCUCCGCAUCAACUUCUCCAAGCUGACCAGCCUGAAUGUGAAGUACAACAACGACAAGAGCCGGGACUACACGCGUCCCGAUCUACCCACGGGGGACAGCCAUCCCUCAAUCGACCACCAGGCUAUGGCUGCAGCCUUCGGUGAGUACUAUGGUCCUCCCGGGAUUAUAUCGGCCAACCCAUAUGCGGGAGCUCACGCCUUCUCCCCAGCCUUCACCAUUCAGCAAGCUGCAGGCCUGACGAUGCAGGGGGUUCCUGGAGGCCUGGCCCAUCUGACCAUGCCUGGGACCGCAGCGGCUGCAGGCAGAAUGGGCUUCCACCAACUCACCGGUGGCAACUGUGUUCUGCUGCUCAGUAACCUCAACCCAGAGAGAGUUACGCCCCAAUGCCUCUUUAUUCUUUUCGGUGUAUAUGGUGAUGUAAUGAGAGUGAAGAUCCUGUUCAACAAGAAGGAGAACGCUCUGAUCCAGAUGUCUGAUGGGACUCAGGCGCAGCUAGCAAUGAGCCACCUGAAUGGCCAGAGGCUACACGGGACAGCGCUGCGUGUCACCCUGUCCAAACACACCAACGUUCAGCUGCCCCGUGAGGGCCACGAGGACCAGGGCCUGACAAAGGACUACAGCAACUCCCCUCUGCACCGCUUCAAGAAGCCCGGCUCCAAGAACUACUCAAACAUAUUCCCUCCCUCAGCCACCCUGCACCUCUCAAACAUCCCUCCCUCUGUGGUUGAGGAUGACCUUAAGAUGCUGUUUGCGAGCUCUGGUGCAAUGGUCAAGGCCUUCAAGUUCUUCCAGAAAGACCGCAAGAUGGCUUUGGUCCAGAUGGACUCAGUGGAGGAGGCCAUCGAGUCCCUCAUCAAGUUCCACAAUCACGACCUGGGCGAGAACCACCACCUGAGGGUGUCCUUCUCCAAAUCCACAAUCUGAGGGGGCAGCCCAAAACGCUACUGCUAACGGGCCGUAGUGAGUUGUGGUGAAGCGGCUCUUCAUAGUAGCCUCAACCACAGAAUUCACUUCCAUCAUUCCUAGUAUAUGAUAUUUAUAUACGCAAAGCUAUAUAUGUUGACCUAUGGAAAAAGUAAUUUAACACCUGGUUUUACUGGGGUUUUACUUUCUUAGUUUUCUAUUAUCUUGCCUUUUUGAGGUGAAUGAAUUCCUUGCUCUGUCUCUCUGCACAAACACAAGUAGUUUACACUUGCCUUUCUGAUUCUGACUAAAGACACUUGCCUAGCCUAAACUUCAGCCUACUGGAAAGUUCCAUUCGCCCUUUGGACCAGUACCACUAGGCACUGAGGUACUUCUGUGAUGCCUCAUGUCCUCUUUGCCUUCUGAUGUUUUCUGUGCCUUAGUCCAGAAGUCUUACGUCCUUCAAUUUUAUAUUUUGGGCAUUUUACAAGAAAAAUGCUUUGGCCAUCUUCCCCUCUCAAAUCCUUUGUUUGCAAAAACCAGGUUUACAGCUGAUUUAUGGGUUUACCAUUUUGUAUGAAAUGUAUUACAAAGUUGUCCAUUAAUCCCCCCCCCCCCCCCCCCCCCCAUAUAUCAUGACGGUGUCUUUUAUAAUUUUUUGUCUUAUUUUCAAGUGCCCUCUUUUAAAAGUUGAGCUAGCUAGUUGCAAGAUUCAAUCCACAAUGCUAUAUGUACAUACACACUGGUAUAAUGGGUUAUGCGAUUCAUAUUGCUAGUCUUGUUUCAUGUAUCUCUAGAUGUAGGUUGUUUAGAAUUGUCUGAAAUGUAUGCAAUCAUUUUUGUACAAAUCCAACAUUGUCCACAAUUGUUACUCCAAUAUACUGUUGGUUGUAGAUAGGUCUUGGUCAGUGGUUGCCUUAACCACUGUGCCUUUGCAAAAGGUCUAUUGGCUGAGCUUUCCUGAUAAGUGUAUUGUUUAUGAUUUUUGUCCUAAUUGCUUGCCUCCCUCUGUUGCAGUGGCUGUUUAAUUUAGUAAAUUUAUACAACUUCUGUCAUACACUUCAGCUCAAAACCAAAUAAGGCUUUAAAAAAAAGUUAUUGUAGCUAACAUGAGACUCUAAGCUUUAUUCAUAGUUCAGCAGUGUGGGAGUCUGCCCGCACAUUUACAAGGCUCUUUCGAGUCUUGCACAUAUGUGGUCUAUUUGUGACUCUGCUGCUGUGAUCUAUGAAUGAAGCUUCUCAGUUAGGGUAAUGCCAAGAUGAAUGACGGUCAUAUCAUUUACAAUUGCGUCUAAGAAUGAAUGAUGGUCAUUUUACAUGUUCUCUUAAGAAAUUUGUGAAUAUUUUCAAAAGUCUGUCACUCAUAAGUGUUCAGAAAGGCCUUCUCAUGAGGGGUUAGUAGCCUUAUCUUACAGGGCUGUAAUUUACUUUAGUCAAUGCUAAAAGCGGCUAUACGGCACCCUCUCUGUCAUGGUAGUCUAGGAACUGGACUCGUCUGGACAACGUGCCGCUUAAAUUGAUAUCCAUUUAGCUAUUUUUGGACAAGUGCUUUUCAAACGUUGGAGACUUUUUUGUGUGUUUUUAGUUGUAAUGAACGUAUAUGUGGUUUCUGGCUUACAAGCCUUCAGACUUGUAGGAAUUGCACACAUCAGACAACUAUACGUCUGCAGUGACGCUAUAUGCUGGCUACAUUGGUGGACACGUUGUAGACCACUUAUGAAUAGUUAUUUGAAUGGUCAUUAUCAACUGUUGGUAUUAAUACAUAGACAUUUCACUUGUGCAUCAUUUUCUGUUGGAAAUGUUGAGUAAGUGGUUCUUUCAGGUUUUCACAAUUUAGUUGUGCACCAACUCCUCAGUUUCUCCCAAUGUUGACCUGGUGCAAAAGCAAUAAUAGAAUUUCAGUGUCACAGGGCUCAGCCGCUUUGUUCAAUCACUUGAGUUUCCUUGAACAUAUCAGUUUAUUACAUGCUAACCUAUGCAUGGACUCCAAUGGAGAAGAAUCACAAUUUCUAGACAACUCAACCUGACUUAAGGACAGUGACACUUGCUUCUAUAGCGAUAUGUAGCAUGUGUUGACAAUAAAGCCCUUUUACAUACUUUGCAUACCCCAGGCCAUGGCAAGAGUGGGUUUACCAAUUAUGCAAAAUUGCAAAGCAUUUAAAAUAAUUACAACCUCGAUCACUAAAGAUUGCAGGUUUUCUUCAAGGGAGGUGAUGUUGCUUGUCGGGGGGUUGGGAUGAAAAGCUGUGUAUAAUGAUAGAUACUUUUUGUGGGAAAAAAAAAAGUAUAUUCAGAAGCAAUAUAGGUUUUAUAUCAAUGAAACAUGUAUAUUUUGAUUAUAACUUGGGACUAUUCUUGAGCCUCUCAGUUAAGUGUCAUAGAAAACAAAUUACAUUUGUUUAUGUAACACAAAUGUAAUAAUUGUUUUGUCAUUGUGUAGUGUUCUGUAUAGCUCACACUUUUCUGGUUCUUGUUCCUUCAAUAAAUAUUUUCUCUGCUUUUUA